AUGCGGCAAUUUUCAGCUUCUUCUGAGAGCUCUCUCUGGGCAUUCUAUUCAUUGCAUUUUUGCGACGACGCAGUUGGGGACAAUGGCUCCCCCAUCCAAACGCCCAAAGAUUGGAGCAUCUCAGGAUGCACCACAGAAAGAAGAAGCAGUAUCAUGGAUGUCCAAGUGUGUAGCUGAAUUCAAGUUGAAUCCCAUCCCAACUGCGUGGAAGUGUGAAGUACCAAGUUCAAGUGAAACGCAAUGGAAACGAUACUACUAUUAUCGUAAGGAAAAGGAACAGACAUUUCUUGAAGAAACAAGUGUUGAUCGCGGUGGUGAUGAUGAGGCCGUAAAAGAUUUGCUGGCGAAGUGGCACUCCAAGCUGCGAAAGGAAGUUCUACAAUGCCUGGGCAAAGAUAUGUGUGAAAAAUGGCUGGCAACGAUAAGUGCCAAGGACUUGUGCUGGGAAGAUGCUGAUGAACUCCGAAGUGCGACUUUUGAAGCCAACGUGUGGUCGCCCUUCGCUAUGCCUCAUGCGAUAAAGCUUCAGCACCGCUACCAUCACCGAGCCCGCUCCAGGUCUGUGGAGUUUUAUGCAACCUGGGCCCACAGCCUUCUUGACUUUGCUGAACUUGGAAAAGUCGAUUGGGAAGAACUCUGUUCCAAUUGCUACGAAGACGAGGAGUUACGCAUGGAUGUUAUUGAUACGGAAAACCUGACCCGCGAAACUGUCGAUGGCCUCCGAAGAUUUCUUCACGGAACCGAUGAUGGUGAGAAGCUCGACAGGGAACUUUUUUGCAACCAUGACUUUAUGUUGCUUUUGUUCGCGUCGAUGGGAACCAUUGACUACGAAACGAUUUAUUGCGGCGACAUCGGUUACGCAUGGCGUCCUCCGUUUAUGGACGAGGAGUUUUGCAAGGCAAUGGUCGAUGCAGAAGUGUUUGAGGCUGCUCAUUACAUUCAGGGGCUUGAGGAUCUUAGUGAUGUUUCUUGGCUAGACUACGGAAUCCGCGAGGCAUCAGGCGAACUAGGGCCGAUGCACAACUACUACAAGCAUCCAACCAUUAAGGAUGCUGUCGGAUACAAGGAAUCAUUAUGACAACCGAAGAGCUGUUUACUACGAUGACUAAGACGAUGAUCAAGAUGACGGGGACUACUAAGAUUACGAAGAAUACAGGGAUUCGUUUUUGCUGUUGAGAUUGAAAAGUGGAUUGCAUGGAAUGUUACCAGUACUUCAAAUGGUAAAGGUAUUCAUUGGGUACUUCAACACACCUGGUACCUGGUAGUUGCUGAGUUUAGCAGGGAAUUCAACGACCCAACACUAGCUAGUAGGCAUCGUGUGUUUCACCGUUGGAUAUUACCAUGGCGCUAUCCCCAAGAAACUCGUACCUAAGCAUUGAUGGAAGCAUGAGGGAGAUUGUCACUUUGUUUUCCUCAACAUCGAGAGAAGUGUUGAUAUGGAUUUAUUUCGGCGCUGAUUUGAGCGCUGGACCCGUUGCCUCAAAUGCUGCCGCCGAAACACAGAGUUGUUUGCUUCUUGAAACUCGCUCACCAACCGGACGUUGGCAGUACUAUUACGAAUCCCUCCAGGGGUGAAGCAGAAGACGCUUCCCCGAGGAUGGUCGCCGCGGAUGCAUGCAAUGGCUAGCCAGCCCUGAGAUCAUGUCGUCGUCGACGUCAUCGUUGUUUGAGUGGCUCGCAGAGUAUUGCUGCCUUGCGCUGCUGUCACUUGAGCCAUAACUUUGAAGAGUGAUGCCAGCAUUCUGUACCAGACAUUGCACUUGUGGAUGUUGUCUUCU